AGGGAGGGGCUUCCUGACAGGAAAUUGUCCUCCUCCAAGCCCCCCCUCCUCAGAUCCAAGCUCUCAGCAGUCCUGGCCCAAGUAGUCUGGUGACUGGACAGCAAGAGGGGACAGAGGGACAGGCACGGACAGAAGACAGGAGGUGCCAGCCUGUCAAAAUGCCAAUCCUGAAGAGUCUGGGGGUGGGAGACCCCAAGGUGCCGCGGGCAGGGACUCUGCCCCUGCGGUCCUCUCGCAACCCCUUUGAAGACGCUCCAGCGCUGGAAGAAGAGGCCGGGGAGCCGGGGACACUGCCCAAUGGGACAUCGUGUGGCCGGCGGGCCACGCUGGAGAAGCUGGCCGGUCUGGCCCACUUCCGACUGGGCUGGACCUCGGGCCGACGGGCAGGCAGCCCCGGGGACGGGCAAGCCCGCUCUUUCUUGGGCCGUGUGCUGGCACCGGGUAUACGGAGGAGCUCAGCCGAUUUUGGCCUCCUGACCCGCUUUCAGGGGUUCCGAACCCAUGGCGAUGAGGAGCCAACUGGAGAGGCGGCUCGAAGACUGGCUUUCCUGAGACUCGGGCGUGGGCCCAAGCCCCGGCGGGCAUCCCUGGCAGAGAGAGUGGUACCUGCGGGCGAGGCGGCCCCUGAGCCCCCACCCAAAGUCCCGGAGCCCCCAAAGAUGAAGGAACCACUAUCGGUGCUGGAGAUCCUGGGCCUGAUCCAGAAGCGCGAGCUGGCGCGGGCGGACGAGCACAUCCUGGAGCUGGAGGCGGAGGCGCCGGCGGAGGUCUACCUGCGCGGCUACCACGAGGCGCUGGCCGAGUGGCUCGGGGCGGCCGCGCGCCGCAGGCUCCCGCUGGCCGAUCGCUACGCCCUGCUGCACUGGCACCAUCAGGUGUACCCCAGGGAGAUCCUGGGCCUGGUAGACGUGGUCACCUUGGAGAAUGGGGAGCUGGGGCCCCUUCUGUCCGCUGGCACCCUGCGUGGUUUGGAAGAUGAAUGUGUCACAGAUGUGAAGGCUCAGACCCGUGCAGCCCUUCUCCGAGUGCUGCAGGAAGAUGAGGAAAAGUGGGCCAGCAUGGACUACAGGCCCAGCAACCUGGCCCAAGAUGUUUGUGAGCUGCUGGAAGAACACACAGAGAGAGCGCCCCACAUCAGUCAGGAGUUCGUGGAGAGAAUGGCACACUGCUGUCUGGGCGGGCUGGCGGAGUUCCUGCAGAGCUUCCAGCAGCGAGUGGAGCGAUUCCACGAGAACCCAGUGAUCCGUGAACUGCCCUCUGAGACCUACAUCAGCAGGACUAUCUCUCUGGUCAACUGUGGGCCCCCCCUGAGGUCUUUGGCUGAGCGACUGGCCAGGGUGGGGCCCCCUGAAAGUGAGCCGGCUCGGGAAGCUUCAGCCAUGGCUCUGGACCGUGUGACCCGACUCUGCCAUCAUGUCCUUGCCGAAUUGUUAUUCCAGGAACUACAGCCGCACUUCAGCAAGCUGAUGCGCAGGAAGUGGCUGAGCAGCUCCGAGGCUCUGGAUGGCAUCGUGGGCACACUCGGCGCCCAGGCCCUGGCCCUGCGCAGGAUGCAGGAUGAGCCUUACCAGGUGCUGGUGGCCGAACUGCACCGCCGGGCGCUGGUGGAGUACGUGCGACCACUGCUGCGCGGACGCCUGCGCUGCCGCUCGGCGCGGACCCGCAGCCGCGUGGCCGGGAGGCUCCGAGAGGAUGCCGCGCAGCUGCAGCGGCUGUUUCGGCGGCUGGAGUCCCAGGCGUCCUGGCUGGACCAGGUGGUACCGCAUUUGGCCGAGAUCCUGCAGCUGGAGGACACUCCGAGCAUCCAGGUGGAGGUCGGGGUGCUUGUGCGGGACUACCCAGACAUCAGGCGCAAGCAUGUGGCAGCCCUCCUGGACAUCAGAGGACUGCGGAACGCAGCUGCCCGUCAGGAGAUUCUGGCGGUGGCCCGGGACCUGGAACUCUCUGAAGGUGGUGCCCUAUCACCCGCUCGGGACCGCGCCUUCUUUGCGGACAUCCCCGUGCCCCGCUCAUCCUUCUGCCUCGGCCUCCCUCUCCUCCUGGGGCGCCUCCCGGUCUCCCGGCUGGCCAGGCCCAGCCUGGCUUGUCUGCCCCUGCGGCCACGGCCUCCGUCGUCAGUUCGAGCCAGAGCCCAGCGCUGAGGCUGCUGGUGCCCAUGCUGCUGCUGAUCCACCCUCCUCCCUCCCACGUGACCCCUGGCCUGAGACGCGGGCCUCCGGGACGGGAGGUGCCUUGGCUAGCCCACCCAGCCCGGAGUGUCCCCCCUAGAAGGGAAACAGAGGCCGGGAUGAGUGAAGAGUCCUCCCCCCCUCCCCCCCCAGGCCACCGAGGUCAUUCCCGGCACCCUCCUCCCCCAUAGCCCAGCAUGGCGGGGAGCCUUCUGGAAGGCUCUACACAAAUAUCCCCGCCCCACCUCCUCUUCCCUCACCUCAAGGUCUGGCCCCCAUCCAACGUACUAAGGAAUGGUAGAUACUUAGAAUAAAGAGGUUUCUAUUUAACACUAGGAAGGGCAGAGUCCCAAGCGCAGGGGAGGGCAGACAGGGCCCGGGGCCAAGCGCUCUUUGCACACACCCAAGGCCACCAGGGCUGGGGUCCAACUCCGAGGGAGGACAGCGAACGUGCACAGGAGCCGCAGCAGGCCAGACUCUGCCCAGCUGCCCGCUGAUCCCGGGUCCUUGAUCUGUGUGGCUCCGAGGCAGGCGCUCGACCGCUCUGAGCCGGACACCUCUAUUUUAUUUAUCCCGGUGUCUGACGCUCUGGGUUCCCUGUUGCCACCUUGGCACGGCCCUCCCCAUCCAUGCUUAGCGAGGGGAGCCUUGUCCAGAGAGGAAGGAGCUGGGGGGUUGGGCCGGCGGCAUCCAGGGCGCCCUCCUGGGUUGAUGCAGGAAAAGUCUCAGGGUGGGAAAAUUUCCAGCCUCUCAAGCCGGAGCCCAGCCGGAUCCGAGUCCCCACUUAGUCCUUGAGGUCAUCUCCCUGCUGACCUCUGCCCCUCCGGCCUCAGCUGGACGGCUUGUGAUGGAUGCUUCCUGGCCUGGGUUGUGUUUUAUUUUAUUUUUUUUUUUCCCUGAGAAGUCAGAAAGAGGAGGCAGCCAGGGGUCAGCCCGGGGGCCGGGGUUGGAACCUCACGCACGUCUCUCUGGACAUUGGCAACAACAUGGGGGCCCUAGGCUCCACGAGUCUCCGGCUGUGUGCUUCAGAAGGGAAGCUGUCCGUCUCUGGGUUGUGCUUCCUGUCUCUCCUGGGAAAUUGCUAAACUUCUCUCUGUCCGUGAGACGCCCAGAGGAUGUCCCGCCUCCUUCCUUGACCUUCUGAAAGUGACACCUCAAUGUCAUUGACGUACAGGAGAGGGGAACUGACUGGGCAGGCUGUUGCGUUGGUGGGCGCUUGCACAAUUACACAUGUAUUUCAUCUCA